UUGUCGUCUCUCUGUGUGUAAGUGUGUGUGUGUGAGAGAGUGUGUGUGUGAGCCGGCUGUGUCCUGCUCUCCCUCUAAUGUCACAGGGGCCGUGGGCAGGCCUGCAGGCGGAGAAGGGCUCUGAGAAGAAGGACAGCAUAUAGAUAAAAAGAAAAAAAGGCAGAUAGAGAGGAAUAAAGAGGUAGAGAAAGAAGAAGAUGAGCACAGGUGUCUAAAAAGAGCUAAAAAGAGCUGCCUUAGAUCUUCUGCCUACAGGACGCAGGCCGGCACGGUCAGAAGAGUGUGUAGAGUGUGUGUGUGGAGUGUGUGAGGCAUGUCCGUGCUGCUCCGCCGAGUGCCCUUGCUCCCACAGGAGGCCCUGUGGAAAAUCAAACAUUUCCAUAACGCUCCUGCACUGUGGAACCAACAGGCUGCUAAAGGAGUUCUCUAUAAAGAUGUUCUGGUGGGGGUACCGAAGGAGAUUCUGCAGAAUGAGCGGCGUGUGGCCGUCUCCCCGGCGGGGGUGGAGGCUCUGGUGAAGCAGGGGUUCCGUGUGCAGGUGGAGUCUGGAGCUGGAGGAGAAGCUAAGUUCUCUGAUGAUCAGUACAAAGCUGCUGGAGCCGCCAUCACAGAUACCAAGGGGGCAUUUGGCUCAGACCUGGUGCUAAAGGUGCGUGGGCCAGUGUUCAACCCAGCACUUGGUGUCCAUGAGGCAGAGCUGCUAAAGCCGCGCUCCACACUGGUCAGCUUCAUUUAUCCAGCGCAGAACCCCGAGCUGAUGGAGAAACUGUCUCAGAGGAAGAGCACGGUGCUGGCCAUGGACCAGGUGCCCCGGGUCACCAUCGCCCAGGGAUAUGAUGCCCUCAGCUCCAUGGCCAACAUCGCUGGGUAUAAAGCUGUGGUUCUCGCUGCAAACAACUUUGGACGUUUUUUCACUGGCCAGAUUACAGCUGCAGGAAAAGUGCCUCCAGCAAAGGUGCUGGUGAUUGGUGGUGGUGUGGCUGGUCUGGCAGCAGCAGGAGCAGCAAAGUCAAUGGGAGCCAUUGUAAGAGGCUUUGACACCAGACCAGCAGCUCUGGAGCAGUUUAAGUCUUUCGGGGCGGAGCCUCUGGAGGUGGACGUGGCGGAGUCCGGUGAAGGAGUCGGCGGCUAUGCUAAAGAGAUGUCUAAAGAGUUUAUAGAGGCGGAGAUGGCCCUUUUUGCCAAGCAGUGCAAAGAUGUGGACAUUCUGAUCAGCACCGCACUCAUUCCUGGUAAGAAAGCCCCCGUGCUGAUCAGCAGGCAGAUGGUGGAGACUAUGAGGGAUGGAUCAGUAGUGGUGGAUUUGGCUGCUGAAGCUGGAGGAAACAUUGAGACCACCAAACCUGGAGCUCUGCACGUUCACAAGGGGGUGACCCAUAUCGGUUACACUGACCUGCCGAGCCGAAUGCCCACCCAGGCCAGCACUCUGUACUCCAACAACAUUCUGAAGCUACUGAAGGCCAUCAGCCCCGAUAAAGAGUACUUCCACUUCCAGCCUGUAGAACAGUUUGACUAUGGCACACUGGAGCACGUGAUCAGAGGAACCAUGGUCAUGCAGGAGGGCCGUAAUCUUUUCCCCGCCCCUCUGCCCAAGACUUCCCCUCCUCAAGCACCAGCCAAACCCAAAACAGUAGCGGAGCUGGAGGCGGAGAAAAAAGCAGUGAUUUCACCAUUCAGGAAAACAUUGACAUCAGCUGGAGUUUACACAGCAGGUGUGUCUACAGUCCUGGGGUUGGGGAUCAUCUCCCCCAAUGCAGCGUUUACACAGAUGGUGACGACCUUUGGCCUGGCCGGUAUAGUGGGAUAUCACACCGUGUGGGGGGUCACUCCUGCCCUGCACUCUCCACUGAUGUCUGUUACCAACGCCAUCUCAGGUCUGACUGCAGUAGGUGGACUGGUGUUAAUGGGUGGUGGUCUCACUCCCUCAACUCUGCCUGAGUCUCUGGCUCUGCUGGCAGCCUUUGUUUCUUCUAUCAACAUUGCAGGUGGUUUUCUCAUCACUCAGAGGAUGUUGGACAUGUUUAAGAGGCCCACCGACCCCCCAGAGUAUAACUACCUCUAUGGCAUUCCUGCAGCCGUGUUUGUGGGGGGAUACGGGGCAUCUCUCGCCAGUGGCUACAGCAUUGAGCAGAUGAUGUACCUGGGUUCUGGGAUGUGCUGUGUUGGUGCUCUGGCUGGUCUAUCUGCUCAGGGCACCAGUCGACUUGGAAACACCCUUGGCAUGAUUGGUGUGGCCGGCGGCAUCGCCGCCACACUGGGCGCGCUCAAACCAUCCCCCGAGCUCCUGUCACAGAUGUCCCUCGCCAUGGCGACAGGAGGCACUCUGGGUCUGACCAUCGCUAAGCGGAUCGAGAUCUCAGACCUGCCUCAGCUCGUGGCUGCGUUCCACAGCCUGGUGGGUCUGGCCGCUGUACUCACCUGUAUUGCGGAGUUCAUGAUCGAGCACCCUCACCUUGACGCUCACCCAGCAGCUAACGUGGUGAAGACUGUGGCCUACCUGGGCACCUACAUUGGUGGCGUGACCUUCACCGGCUCACUUAUCGCCUACGGCAAACUUCAAGGUGUUCUGAACUCAGCUCCUCUGCUGCUUCCUGGGCGUCACAUGCUGAACGCCUCUCUGUUAGCAGCGUCGGUGGGAGGGAUGAUUCCUUUCAUGCUGAGUGACAGUUACGCCACCGGUCUGGGCUGCCUGCUCACCGUCUCCGGCCUGUCUGGGGUCAUGGGUGUAACGCUGACUGCGGCUAUAGGGGGCGCUGAUAUGCCGGUCGUUAUCACGGUGCUGAACAGUUACUCCGGCUGGGCUCUGUGUGCUGAGGGCUUCCUGCUGGACAAUAACCUGAUGACCAUCGUGGGCGCUCUGAUUGGCUCGUCUGGUGCCAUCCUCUCAUACAUCAUGUGUGUGGCAAUGAACCGUUCUCUGCCUAACGUCAUUCUUGGUGGAUAUGGAACCACAUCUACUCUUGGUGGCAAACCUAUGGAGAUUGUGGGCACACACACCGAGGUCAAUGUUGAGCAGACCAUUGAUAUAAUCAAGGAGGCCAACAGCAUCAUUAUUACCCCAGGUUGGGGUCUCUGUGCAGCCAAAGCUCAGUAUCCAAUCGCUGAUAUUGUGAAGAUGCUCAAGGAGCAGGGCAAAACUGUCAGGUUUGGUAUUCACCCUGUGGCCGGCCGCAUGCCCGGUCAGCUGAACGUGCUGCUGGCUGAAGCUGGAGUUCCGUAUGAUGUGGUUCUGGAGAUGGACGAAAUUAACGAGGAUUUCCCUGAAACUGAUCUGACUCUUGUGAUUGGAGCCAAUGACACAGUGAACUCAGCAGCACAGGAAGAUCCAAACUCCAUCAUCGCUGGCAUGCCGGUGCUGGAAGUGUGGAAGUCCAAACAGGUGAUCGUGAUGAAGAGAACCCUGGGUGUUGGCUACGCAGCAGUGGAUAACCCCAUCUUCUACAAACCAAACACCUCCAUGCUGCUGGGAGAUGCCAAGAAGACCUGUGACAGCUUACAGGCCAAAGUCAGAGAGGCCUACUACUAAUGUUCCCACAAUCUUCAGCAACCUUCUACUGAAUGAUAAGAAAAUAUUUAUUUUUGAAAACAAAUCAUGUUUAAUCAUGUUCACAAUAAAUGUGCCUUAAAAAAAGAAACAAUGGAAACAACCAAUCCAAAUCAGUCUUGAUAAAAAUUGACAGCAGUUUUGACACUGUUUGAAGUGCAUGCACUGCUUUGUAAAUAAAAAAAAAGAUAUUUAAAUAUUA